AACAAACUUAUAUAAGUAGAUUCUCUCUUUACACAUAAUCAUCUUCUUCUUCCUUCCAUACAAUAUUAAUAAUAACUUGUGACUAGAAUUCAUAUUUCGUCACGCACAAUAAAACCCCUUAAACACCCCCCUUCUCUUUAUCUAAUCAUUAUCAUUAUUCUAUUAUUUUUUGAUUAAUCUUUUCUAAAAUUCUUUGAUCAUCACAACAAUCAAAUAAAACCCAGAUGGAUUAAUUGGUUUAUUGACCCGACCCAGAUAGAACAUCCGAUGGAAGACACUAAUAAUGGUGUUGGAUACCCCAAGAUUCAUCUUGAUGAUGAUUACCAACCUAAAUUCUUUAAUUCCAAGGUUUCUGAAGGGGUUGAUGAAUCUAGCGAGGUCGGAGAUAUAGGGGGAGGUCACGAUCUUAGUAAAGUGGAAAACGUGGAACCCGAGAUCGAGAAGUCAGACAUAAUGGUUGAAAGUGAGUUGGGGAGUGAUACUCAUAAAGACUCAGAUCUUGAGGGUGAAAAAGAAAGACCAUUUUUCUAUUAUGACCCACCACUUAAUGAAGAUACUGGUGUUUGGAUUCCUGUUUCGGUUCCACCAAUGUCGGAAAGUCAACGCGAGGAAUGGAACAAAGGUCUAUGUAUACGUGAUAAUGACUUGGAUUGGGACCAGUUUGUUGGUGAAGAUAAGGACUUAACCAUGUGGGACGUUGUUCUUGAUAUGUUACUUGCGGCUCAAGGGAAAGUGAGAUCUAUCACUUCUGGCGAUUCUUAUGCAUAUCAAAUUUCAUGGUUAUCGGAUCAGCUACUCGAACAUACGUGGAAAGAAGUGUCCCAUAAUCUUACAGAGGUUAAUGCUGAUACUAUAAAGGAACUUUUAGAAGCUGAGCCACCUAAAUGGCUGGCUGAUAGUGCUGCGUCUUAUUGUAUGCUUUGUAAUGUGCGGUUUCAUCCUAUUAUAUGCUCUAGACAUCACUGUCGGUUUUGUGGGGGACUUUUCUGUAAUGAGUGUUCUAAGGGCAGGAGUUUACUGCCAGCAAAGUUCCUUAAAGGAAACCCACAGCGUGUCUGUGAUGUUUGCUGUGUACGGCUCGAGACAGUUCAACCCUACUUAAUGGACCAAGUGAGUCGUGCAGCACAAGUGCCAGCACAGGACUUGACUGACCUAAGUACAUUGAGGUCAUGGCUCAAUUUCCCAUGGGGACAAACCAUGGAAUAUGAGAUUUAUAAGGCUGCAAACACCAUUCGGGGUUACUUUAAGGUUGGUUCUUUGACACCAGAAAAGUCGAUACCAGAUUCUAUAUUGAAACAAGCCAAAGGCCUUGCGAUUCUUACUGUUGUAAAAGUUGGCAUGAUGGUUACCUACAAUGUUGGUACAGGUUUGGUUGUUGCUCGUAGACAAGAUGGAUCUUGGUCUCCACCAUCUGCUAUUUCUUCAUUUGGUAUGGGUUGGGGAGCUCAGGUCGGAGGGGAGCUUACUGAUUUCAUAAUCGUGCUCAGAAAUAGUGAUGCAGUGAGGACAUUUGGUGGAAACGCACAUCUAUCUGUAGGAGCUGGUGCGAGUGCUGCUGCUGGAAUUGUUGGAAGAGCUGCUGAAGCUGAUUUUCGGGCUGGUGAUGGUGGAUAUGCUGCUUGCUAUACAUACAGUUGUAGUAAAGGUGCUUUUGUUGGUUGCUCACUAGAAGGGAGCAUUGUGACCACACGUGCACAAGAAAAUUGCAGAUUUUAUGGUAACCCGUCUAUUACAACAUCAGAUAUUCUUCUUGGUUCAUUGCCUCGACCUCCUGCUGCUGCGAUUCUUUAUAAUGCACUCUCAGAAUUGUACAUGAAAGUUGAGAGGUAUUAAAUAAGUCAAAAUAUCAUUGUUUCCAGAUGUGGCAAUCUUUGUUCUUUGACAAAGUAUUGCUUGUACAGUAAAAACUUUAGGACCUUUGUGUAGAUUCUUUUACCCAUUUGGUGACGUAUUAAACCGAUUGAUUUGUGCAUAAAUAACUAUUCUGCAGAAUUAUUGAUUUAUAAGAUGAUGAUGGUUUGCGCUUAACAUAGUAUCUCUGAUACAAGGUUCAUGUGCAGCUGUCCUUUAGAUUUUGUCGAUA